AUGCAUAUUAGUGAUAGUCGUCGGGGUGGUGGGUCUGUUAGAGACAAGUUGGGUUAUCAGUACUUAGGGUUCGGGUCGGGUUCUUUUGGCGGGAGAACCAGGUCCUUGCUUAAGCGUCGCACUCCCGAACUGGGUCAAUUUCAAACCGGGAAGCAGAAGCUUCGUCUUGAAUCUGUGAAGUUUCUCGGGAUCUCCAGCGACGACCACUCUCCCCUCACUUCAUACGUUUUGCUUGGUCGGCGGUUUUCUCCGGGACCGGCUCGCUCCCCCGUCACUUUUCCUUACAGGGAAAUGGCUUUUUCACUACUACUUAGAAGGGUUAAUCUACUAAGACCGGUUACAAAUUCGCUUCUUUCAUCACAGUGCAGUAAAUUUUUCACUUCAAAGUCCUCCCCAUUACCUCGUUACGAUAGGUGUCACUCGAUCAACGACAGGCUCCAUCUGUCCCCAUUAUUUUUGGGAGUUGGUAAAGACGAUGAUAUGAAGGACUUCAAGAUUGAGGUCGUGGAUGAUGCCACGUGGCACGUCUCCUCAGGCUUGGCCGAUGCAUGGAGAGAGAAUGACGAGAAGAAAGCUCUACAAACGAGCUGCGGUUUUAACAAUCAUGAUUAUGACUGUAUUGAUGAUUGUGAGGUGACUAAUCCCGUGGACUUGAAUAAGAGCGACCUUGCUUUUGACGAGAUUGAGGACAUGAGGAUUCAUGGGAAUCUGUUCUACAAGAUCGACAAGGACUCUAGAGAAUACGAAGAGUACAAAUUCGAUUUCCAUGGAAGGAAAUCUUCGAGGAACGAUAAAUAUCGAAAAGGAAGAGCAAAUAGUCAAGCGGAAGAGAAAACCCGGAAGAAGGACUCACCCACAGAAAUCAAGAAUACAAAUAAAGGGAGCCCUAAAGAGUCCUCAAUGGGAUUUUAUAAAGAAAAAGCUUCAUUCGGAGACUCGUGUGUUGGUAAAAAACAAAGAACUCUCACUUAUAACCAAAUGACGGCCCCAUACCACGAGCCCUUUUGUUUGGAUAUUUAUAUUUCAAAGGCUUCAGUUCGAGCAUGCGUGAUCCACCGAGCCACUAGCAAAGUGGUUGCCGUAUCGCACUCUAUUUCUAAAGAUAUGAAGUUCGAUUUGGGGUCGACGAAGAACAGGAAUGCGUGUACUGCUGUGGGGAGAUUGUUGGCUCAGAGGGCAUUAGAGGAUGACAUACAUAAUGUGGUGUACACGCCCAGAAAAGGGGAGAAAUUGGAGGGGAAGAUUGGGGUUGUUGUCAAGGCUAUUGUUGAUGGUAGAGUGAAUGUGAAGGUGAAGCUCAAGCAAAAGAGAUUUGGAUGGGGGAAAAGUGUUCGGCUGGGAAUUCAAGAUAAGCGUUCAUUUCAAUAG